ACAUAUAUAUAUAUAUUUAGUUAAUACGAAACACAACGAUUGUAAGUGCGUGUUCAUGUAUCUGUCAUAGCGUAGAAAAGCAUAAUAACAAUAUUAUAAGUGUAAAUCAGAUUAUACAAUAAUGACAGCAGUUAAGCAAAAUACAAAACGGUCAAAAUGGGCUUUGGAUUUUGCUCACAAAAAUAAGCAAGAAAAAAAUGUGGAUAUUGCUUCUCCACCAGGUUAUACACCAGCCGUUGCUUUAUUUCAUGCUGCAGAUUCCAUUAGAGAAACAGAUUCUAAUCAUUUAAUAAUUAAAAAAUCAUGGGAUCUAGCUUUAGGUCCCCUUAAACAAGUUCCAAUGAAUUUGUUUAUAAUGUAUAUGGCUGGUAAUUCCAUAUCAAUAUUUCCAAUUAUGAUGGUUGGUAUGCUAAUCAUCAGGCCAGUAAAAGCAUUAUUUGUUCUUCAACAAACAUUUAAAGUAAUAGAAGGAACUCAUGCUUUUGGACAAAAGUUUGUAUAUUUUUUGGGACAAUUAGUAAAUAUUGCAUUAGCACUAUAUAAAUGUCAAUCCAUGGGGUUGCUUCCAACACAUGCAUCUGACUGGUUAGCAUUUGUGGAACCACAAGCAAGGUUGGAAUACUCUGGUGGUGGAUUUAUUUAUGUAUGACGUAAGAUAUAGUUAAAUUAAAUAUAUAUACACUGGAAAUAAAUAAUGAUUGUACAUUUA